AUGGCGACCAGAAGCGAUCGCACCGUUUCGAGUCGUUUUAUCGCUGGGGAAGACAGUGACCUCAUGCUUAAAAACAGUACAGCGCAAACUACAUAUGGACUCAGGACUCUACACCCCGCUCAAAGCGACCUUUCGGCGGGCCAGCAACAUGAUAUAAAAGCAGUGGAUAUUGUUGCGGUUCACGGUCUGGCAGGACAUCCGGUGAGAACUUGGACUCACGAUUCAUCCGGGAAACUAUGGCUUCGGGAUUUUCUGCCGAAAGAUCUCCCAGGUGCGCGUGUUAUGACUUAUGGAUACGAUUCGAGCCUGGUCAAUAGCAAAAGUGUUAUGGCUAUAAUGGAGAAUGCGGAGGGUCUUUUGAGAGAACUCAGGUUCCGCCGCCUUUCAAUGGAGGAAAAAGAAAGACCAAUAAUAUUUAUUGGGCACAGCAUAGGAGGGCUUCUCAUCAAGAAAGCUCUCACAAUCGCAAAACGGGAAGAAAAUUAUAACUUGAUUCUUCAGUCUACCUGUGGUGUAGUAUUUAUGGGUGUACCUCAUGACGGCGCCGACAUUGCAAAGUUGGCAAAGCGUAUUAGCAAGAUUGCUCAAGUUGUCACUGAUCUCGGUACAACAAAUAUUAAAGAUCUUGUUGAAGAUUCCCGUUCAAUACAAGAUACUGCUCGCGCUUUUGGAUUUCUUGAAGGCUUCUCUGUGGUCACCGUCAACGAGACAGAAAAGACGUCUGUACCACGUAGUAAUCGAAAGAGUGCACUCGUGGUACCGCCAACGUCGACAAAAUUGAAUCUCGGAGACCGCGAAAAAACACUCAGUAUCGCGGGGGACCAUCGAUCAUUGCCCAAGUUUCCGUCAGCCGAUGAUUUACAGUAUCGAAAGCUUGCCUCGAUCUUGCAAGACUUAGUUACACAGGGAGUUGUGCCUCAAGUGCUUUCCGAAAAGGAGGAAAGCUGUUUGCAGUAUUUUUGGACCUCGGAUUAUCUUACCCACAGAAAACAAAUACCAAAUCGAGGGCCAGGAACGUGUAAGUGGUUUUUACAGGAUGAAGAGUUCAGGAAAAAUUGGCUCGAUCGAGAGGAGUCCGUUGCCCUGUGGGUUUCAGGCCCAAUUGGGUGUGGGAAAACAAUUCUAUCUUCUUAUAUUGUUGAUGAAUUGAGUACCGUUGAAUUUCGCUCGAGCAACCCGUCAACGUCAUGCUACUUUUUCUGCGACGCAAAGAAUGAUAAGGAGAACACCGGUGAGGCUGUUCUUCGAGCUAUGCUACACCAAGUCUUCACCGCACAUCCAUUCUUAUUGCAAAAACAUGCCCUUCCUUAUUACCAAUCCAUGGGAUCCCGAAUUUACCUUUCCUUCGGCACCCUAUGCGACAUUUUCGAGAAGGUUUGUUUCGACACAAGUAUGGGGGAUAUAUAUUGUGUGAUUGAUGGCUUUGACGAGUGUGAAAAAUCAUCGAGAAGACAGCUUAUCCGGCUCUUCAAACGGAUCAUUGAAACGAAAAGAACUAGAGAGUCACAUGUCUCUCAACUUCUCAAAAUUCUGAUGGUAGGACGACCCGAGGAAACAAUUUAUAGCAGCUUUCACGGCCUUAAAUAUGGAUAUACAAUACAACUGGAUAAGAAAUCUGAGCAAAUAGAUAAAGACAUCACGGAGGUGGUGCAAGCCGAAGUCGGAAAGCUGAAACACCUCUGGUCGGAGCGCGAUGAUAUGAGGCCGAUGAUUGAGUCUACCCUUAUCGCACGAGCUCAUGGAUCAUUUCUAUGGGCUUCAUUGGUGCUCGAAAUCCUUCGAGAACCCCCCGAGUCUGCCGAGGACGAUCUCGAGAAAGUACUUGCAAGGAUGCCGGGGACAUUGGAGGGUAUUUAUGAGGAUAUUAUUGAGGCAAUACCUAUCAGAAGACAGAAAUCCGCAAGCAAAAUUCUGACGUACCUUGUCUGCGCUGCUCGGCCGCUGCUAUUAUCCGAGAUUGCAGUCGCUCUAGCAAUAGAACCGGAUGAUGGGGCACUGGUGUCUGUAAUUCGUAAAGUUUCCGCAGAUAUUAAGCGACACCUUCGACUCCACUGCGGUCCUUUGCUCAAGAUAGUCGGAGAAACGGUUCAUUUAGUCCACAGAUCAGCUAUGGACUUUUUACAAGUGCCUUUAUCAUUCAAACCCGAAACAUUUAUCUUCUACGUCGAUUCGGUAAAAUCCAAUUACACAAUUGCGACUGCAUGUGUGAGGUACAUUUCGAUGCUUCGCCCUGCAGAUGUCUUUGAGGAAUCAGAUGGAGUAGCACGGAAUAAUCAAUCGCCGCAAAUGAAAUCAGAAGCCGCGUUGACACAAUCAUCCGGCGGUGCUUUCAUUCUCUACGCCGCAACAUACUGGGCCUAUCAUCUCCGCCAAAUCGGAAUUAUCAACGAUAUCAAUCUACUGGAGCUGGUGCGAGUUCUUUGUGAUGAAAAGAUGCCUUUUCGCCUUAAAUGGUUAAAGCUUUGUUCACCAGACUCAACUGCCACAAGCUUACGAAUGGCAGAGAGUUGGAGGACAAAUCCUCAAACGGUUCCAACCAUCAAUAUCUUAGCCAGGUUUGGCCUUGUGUCGGUUGUUCAGGAGCUAUUCAAGGCGGGAACAUUGGACAUCUUGCUGUCAGAUAUUCAUGGAUAUACCGGUUUGCAUUGGGCGGCACAUGAGGGUCAUGAUAGCAUGGUCGAAUUUCUUCUUCAGAACGGGGUAGAUCCAAAGCUCCAAGAUAGAGAUGGAUAUACCGCUUUACACACCGCCGCCUUUUCGGGCCGGGAAUCUAUCGUCAAUCUAAUGUUGUUAGCCAAAGGCCCCGAAAUCGAGAUGCAGAGUCAUGAAGGGUGGACUCCGCUACAUGUUGCGGCAUAUGCCGGAAGUGAGAAUAUAGUGAAGGCCUUGAUCAGAAGCGGAGCUAAUGCAGAGGCCAACGACAAACAUCAAAGAUCCCCUUUGCAUAUUGCAGCCUUCGCCGGCCAUCUUCCCAUAAUCGAUAUGCUUCUAGAAAACGGCUGUUAUAGACAGGCUCGGGACCUGGAGGGGGAAACUGCCCUACAUUAUGCGAGCCGUUUGGGCCGCGAUCCUGUCAUCAAAGGCCUGAUUCAGGACAAGAACGAUAGAAAGAGUAAAGCAAAGCUUGGUCGUACGGCUUUACACGUUGCUGCUCAUGCAGGAAGGGACAGUAGUAUUUCGGUGCUUCUCCAGAAGCGUCUUGAAGUUGAAGCCCGGGAUGAUGAUUUUCGCACGGCUCUCCAUGUGGCCGCUCUGGCCGGCAACGACUCUGUCGUCCAGGCGUUACUUGACAAUAAAUGCGAUAAGAACGCUCGCGACGCUGCGGGGAUGACCCCUCUGCAUCUUGCUGCUGAUGCCGGAAAUGAUAGCACUGUCGAGACGUUACUUCGGGGAGGUGCAGACUGUGAAGUAAGAGACACCCAGGAACGUACUCCAAUGCGCCUCGCAUGUUAUAAAGGACAUGUGUCCAUUAUCCGGAUGCUUUUGGAUCAUGGAUGUCAUGGGGAUAGUUUGGAUGGCCAAGAACGAACUUCGAUGCACAUAGCUGCAGAACUUGGGCACGAUUAUAUCCUUGAAGUCCUUCUUCAAAAAGGUUGCCAGAAGAUAAAUUUCCGCGAUCAAAAGGGACUAACGCCAUUGCAUGUCGCAACGUACGCUGGACAUGAAGCUGCUAUGGAAGUUCUCUUACAUUAUGGCUGUGAUUCUAAUGCCCGGGAUAAUCUCGGCGAAACGCCUCUCCAUUUCGUUGCCCGUUCGGGAAACGAUACUACUGUCAAAUUGCUGGUCGAAGGGGGCUGUGAUAGACACGCUAGAGACAGCAAAGGACGGACGGCGUUGCAUAUAGCGUCGCACGAAGGUCGUGACCACAUAAUCAAAACACUUCUAUCAGAAGAUUAUGAGAAGGAGGUUCAGGAUGAAUUUGGAUGGACGGCACUUCAUCUCGCUGUUCUUGCUGGCCAUCAUACCACUAUUGAGACACUUCUUCAAAAUGGCUGCAACGGUAGCACUCGAAGUAGUGAUGGCGAUACGGCACUUCACAUGGCUGCAAAGGGUGCGGAUGGGUCCGCAAUUAAAGAAUUGCUUGAAAAUGGCGGGGACAUGGAAGAAAAUAUCAAACGGAUCACGAUUCACGUAGCAAGCCAGGUUGUGCAUGAUUUCAGCAUCCGAGUGCUUCUCGAGAAUGGUUGUCAUAGCAACGCCAAGGAUAGAAAUGGGUGGACUGCACUGCAUCACGUAGCCGGGGAAGGACGGGACCAUAGCAUUAGAGCGCUCCUCGAAAACGGCGCGGAUCCAAACAUUCAAACGGAGGAUAGUGGAAGAACUGCGUUGCACUAUGCUGCUAGUGGAGGUCAUCUUUCUAGUGUCAAAUUGCUGUGCGAAAAUGGAGGGGAUCCAAAGGUCAAGGAUAAAAAAGGCUUGAAUGUGCUGGAAUAUGCGACUGUAGAGAAGAAACUAGAUGUUGUGGAAUAUAUCAAGUCAAUAAAAGAGCCUGACGAUUUAGAGAGCAUUGGUGAAUCUCUAGGUAACACAGAGGGGCCUACAGAGUACUCGCAUGAUGAUGCAUCUCGCGUUCCUGAACCAAGCGCAACAAUAGGGCACAUCACUGAAAGUCAGAUUGAUGACUCUGUAUUAACCCCUACCGAUGACUCACAUGAUAAUACUACAAGUCGUACCCCUGCGCUCAGCGCAACAGAGGGUCCUAUUGAGAGCACCGAAUCGUCCUGGCCACCCCCCCCUACGGUGACGGAUAGGGUAACUAGUAGUAUUAAUGAUAGCUCCGAUACAAACACGACCUACCAACGGCAUGAGGACGAGACUGGUGCAACAACGACAACGGAGGGGGGGCUGAUGGGUCUUUCUGACAUGGAUUCAGUGACAGUUCCGGCGGUUAGUCGGCGGAAAGUUGUCUCUAGCGCUGAAUCUAUCAAGAGCCCAGCAUACACAGAUAUGACUGCACAUAGAUCCCCACCAAGUUCCACACACUACGGCUCCGUCGGAGGUAAUCGUGGUUUUAGUAGCCCAUCGCAGCCCCCCAAAUCAAAACCGUCUCGUUGGCCAGCAUGGUGCUUGUGCGGGAAGGAAGGGAAGGGAGAAGAGGAAGAAGCAAUACCUGCUCGCUUGAGCCCAUCUAUGCGAUGA